AUGUUACUGUACAGGGAAAAAUUGUUAUCGAACGGUCAGUUAAAACGGUUAAGUGAACAUUUGUACAGUUGUGAAAAUAUUGGUUUACUUGAUAAAUAUCUUCAACCUUUUUGGAAUUUUUUAACAUCAAAAACUCCAUUAUGGUUAGCUCCGAACGUUUUAACAAUAUCUGGUUUAAUUGUUAAUAUAAUAACCACGUUAAUUCUCGUUUGGUACAGUCCAGAUGCUAGAGCGGAAGCACCAAAAUGGGCAUGUUUUUUAUGUGCUGUAGGACUUUUUAUAUAUCAAAGUUUAGAUGCGAUUGAUGGUAAACAUGCAAGACGAACAGGAACAUCGAAUGCAUUAGGAGAACUAUUCGAUCAUGGCUGUGAUUCAGUUUCGACAGUUUUUGUUGCCUUGUCCGCUUGUGUUGCUGUACAGCUGGGUCAAUACCCAACAUGGAUGUUUUUCCAGUGUUUUUGUGCUAUGACAUUAUUUUACUGUGCUCACUGGCAAACAUACGUCAGUGGAACGAUGAAAUUUGGCCGUGUUGAUGUUACUGAAGCUCAGUGUGCUAUCAUACUCAUUCAUCUCACAUCGGCCAUUUUCGGACCGAGUAUUUGGAUGACAGAGGUGUUUGUGCUUCACGUCGAGCUUAAACUAAUCGUUAUUGUCUUCACCGUUGUCAUAUAUGGUGGUCUCGCGUAUUCUAAAAUAAAAGUCAUUUUCGGUGGAGGGGUUGGAAAAAAUGGAUCCACCGUCGCCGGUACCAGCGUUUUGUCUCCCAUAAUACCGUUUUCAUUGGUAAUCGUGCCUGCAUAUAUCAUAUAUAAAAAGUCGGAUAAUCAACUUUACGAAAAUAAUCCGGCUUUGUAUAUACUGGCAUUUGGUAUGGUCUCGGCGAAGGUGACCAAUCGUCUCGUGGUUGCGCACAUGACCAAAAACGAAUUAGAUUACUUGGACACGGCUCUCGUCGGGCCCGCCAUGUUGUUCCUUAAUCAAUAUUUUAAUUUUUUCUUUGACGAAUACUACGUCCUGUGGGCUUGUUUGAUAUGGGUGGCGUUGGAUCUUUUGCGUUACUCGACGGAGGUUUGCCACGAGAUAUGCGAUCAUUUAAAAGUUAAAUUAUUCAAAAUACCUUAUCCGAACAUCGGAGUGACCGGUAAACUCAUGGUCAACAACAGUAGCAGGACGCCGCAGACGACGAACGGACAACAACCCCAUCAUCAUCAUCAUCAUCAACAGCAGCAGCAACAACAAUCAGGUAACUUGCGAACGAAGAGACAUAGUCGAACAAGACAAUGA